GCAGGUUGUCCCGUACCAGGUUGAAGUCGGAGGCAUGGUGUCGCUACGCCUGUUGAGUCAGGCGACGCGCCUAGUAGCGCCAGCGACGCGCAGAUGCGCCUACCUACCCGCUCGCUUUGCCUCGACGACGGGUCCUGAGGAAGGAGCAGCAGCCCCGGAGUACCCGCCUCCACCAGUCUACGAGCUCACGGACGCGGACAAGCAGCGCCUCACAUACCAGCGCAACAUUGGUGUCUCCGCGCACAUUGACUCCGGCAAGACGACGCUCACCGAGCGCAUCCUCUUCUACACCGGCAGGAUCAAGGACAUCCACGAAGUCCGCGGGCGCGACAACGUCGGCGCGAAGAUGGACCACAUGGACCUCGAGCGCGAGAAGGGCAUCACCAUCCAGUCCGCGGCGACGUUCUGCGACUGGCAGACGAAGCACCCGGUCACGGGCGAGCAGACGAAGUACGCGGUCAACAUCAUCGACACGCCCGGACACGUCGACUUCACGAUCGAGGUCGAGCGCGCGCUGCGUGUGCUGGACGGUGCUAUUCUGGUCUUAUGUGCGGUCUCUGGUGUGCAGAGUCAGACGACGACGGUCGACAGGCAAAUGCGCAGGUACAAGGUUCCUCGGGUCAGCUUCGUGAAUAAGAUGGAUCGUCCGGGUGCGAACCCAUGGCGCAUCGUCGAGCAGAUCAAGAACAAGCUUAAGAUCAACGCUGCGGCUGUCCAGGUUCCCAUUGGUGCUGAGGACGAUUUCCGCGGUGUCGUUGAUCUGGUCCACUGGCGCGCAAUCUACAACGGUGGUUACAAGGGCAUUGACUUGACUAUGGCACCCCUCCCCGAGUCCCCUACCGGCGAGAAGUACACCGGCGACAUGGUCUCUCUGCCUUGCUCGGCUGUCCCUGGCGAACCCGUUCCUGAACUCCCCGCGCCCAUCCUCGAGCUUGCCAAGAAGAAGCGUCAGGAACUUGUCGAGACCCUCGCCGACGUCGACGAGGAGAUUGGUGACCUUGUGCUUGCGGACGAACUCCCCACCAACGAGCAGCUGGCUGCGGCUAUCCGGCGCGCGACCAUCAGCUUGAAGUUCAGUCCGGUGUUCAUGGGCUCGGCGGUCAAGAACACGGCGGUGCAGCCCCUGCUCGACGGUGUCGCGGAUUAUCUCCCGAGUCCGGCUGAGGUGAAGAACGAGGCGCACAACACGGAUUGGCCGUCAGGUGCUCCGGCGGUCCCGCUCACCCCGGCUGCUAAGGCUCCGCUGCUCGGUCUCGCGUUCAAGCUCGAGGAAGGUCGCUUCGGCCAGUUGACGUACAUGCGCGUGUACCAGGGCACCCUCAAGCGCGCCGCCAUCAUCUACAAUGCGCGAACCGGCAAGAAGGUCAAGGUCCCCCGCCUCGUACGCAUGCACUCCGAGGAGAUGGAGGACGUCGACUCUAUCGGGCCCGGCGAGAUCUGCGCAAUGUUUGGCGUUGAGUGUGCCUCAGGCGAUACCUUCACGGACGGCACGACGCGUCUGAGCAUGACCUCCAUGUUCGUCCCGGAACCCGUCAUCAGCCUGGCGAUCAAGAUGAACGGGCAAGAGACGCCGAACUUCUCUCGCGCGCUGAAUCGGUUCCAGAAGGAGGACCCAACGUUCAGGGUGCAUAUCGACCAGGACAGCAAGGAGACGAUCAUCUCCGGUAUGGGCGAGUUGCACUUGGAGAUCUACGUUGAGCGCAUGCGUCGCGAGUACAACAUCGACUGCACGACGGGCAAGCCGCGUGUGGCGUUCAGGGAGACCAUCACUCAGCCCGCGGACUUCGUCUACACGCACAAGAAGCAGACCGGUGGACAGGGUCAGUACGCCAAGAUGGAGGGCCGCAUCGAGCCUUGCGAGUACGACCCUGAAAAGGGCACGGACGUCGAAUUCGAGAGCCAGAUCAUGGGUGGUGCCAUUCCGAGCAACUAUAUCCCGGCUAUUGAGAAGGGCUUCCGCGAGGCGCUUGAGAAGGGCAACCUCACUGGCAACAAAGUCGGCGGCGUACGCAUGGUCCUCACCGAUGGCGCCUACCACAUGGUCGACUCCAGCGAGCUCGCCUUCCGCAUCUGCGCGAUCAACGCCUUCCGCGAGGCCUACGCCAACACGCGCCCCGUCGUGCUCGAGCCCAUCAUGACCGUCGAGGUCACCGCGCCGACCGAGUUCCAGAGCGCGGUCAUCGGCGGACUGAACACGCGCCGCGGGACGAUCAUCGACAGCGAGGUCCGGGACGACGAGUUCGUGUGCACGGCGGAGGUCGCGCUGAACGACAUGUUCGGGUACUCGAGCCAGCUGCGCGGCGCGACGCAGGGCAAGGGCGAGUUCAGCAUGGAGUACAAGAACCACCAGCCGACGCUGCCGCAGCUGCAGAAGGAGCUGGAGGAGGCGUACAGGAAGAGCAGGCCGCAGGCGAAGAAGUAGGCGCGCGGUGGCUUUUGGAUAUCGGGGGACGUUGGAUGUCCGGGUUGGGCCCUGCCGCUGCGCCUCGGUGUGGCGCGAGGCCGAGCAGUACCUUCCUGAGGCGUGCGGUCUGCUGUCGGCUGGCAAGCGGACCGGAGGCGCGCCCUGGGGACAAAAGUACACAUGUAACUUACACUGGAGCCUACUUACUCUACUUACCGGGUCUACCACUAGAGCGGCCGUCUAAUGACACUCCACCACUCCUUCGCGACAUAUGUUUGCAUCCUUGAAGCGCGACCCGCGCUGCGGUCGUGUGGACGUUCGCUGGCUAUGAUGCACGAUGCACUCG